GUCUUUGUCGCGCAGCUGCUGCUCUCGGGCGAGGGGGACCGGCUGAUCGCGGUGCAGUCGCUGAUCGGCGCCAUCGGGAUGACGGCCUUCACCUACUUCCUGCCGUACGUGCUGCUCAUCGCGCUGGCGCCCGUCCCCCUCGGCGCGGGGCGGCUCGCCUGGAUGACGCUCAACAUCGCCGCCGGGCUGAUCGUGAUGUUUGCCGGCCUCGCCUCCUCGGUCGAGGAGCUGUACUCCUCCUCCUCGGGCUUCUUCGACGGCGAGUGCAGGCUCGAGUACACGUACUCGCCCGAGUCGCCCGACGACCCGUGCUUCCUCUCGGGGCUGCCUCAUGAGGCGGGGAGAUGA